AAGAAAAAGCAUCCUUCGUCCAAGCCUCCAAUACUGCUGUCAUGGCGGUCGUCCAAAUUUUUCAUCAUCAUGACUGUGUGUCUGGCACUGUUCACCGACAUCUUUUACUACGCCCUUAUUGUCCCUGUCAUGCCAUUCUCUCUGACGGUUCAAGUCGGACUAGCUGAAGAUCAGGUUCAAAGCUGGACAUCAAUUCUUCUGGCAUGUUAUAGUGGUGCUUUGUUCAUCGGCAGCCCGAUAGCAGGUAUCUACGCAGACCAUACCUCAUCGAGGAGAUGGCCUCUGCUCUUGGGUCUUCUGGCGCUGGCCGCUUCGACGCUUCUACUCUGCUUCGGCAACAGUAUCGGGCUUCUGGUCUUAGGCCGAUUGCUGCAAGGCCUAAGUGCAGCUAUCGUUUGGAGCGUCGGGUGCGCCCUUCUGGUUGAUACUAUGGAAGAGUCCGUCGGCGUGGCAAUGGGAUAUGUGGCUGCCUCAAUGUCAGUUGGACUGUUGAUCGCUCCGACAAUAGGUGGUGCUGUGUACGCAGCAGCCGGAUACUACGCGGUCUAUUAUAUCGCGUUCGGCGUCGUUAUUGUUGACAUUUUACUCCGUCUUGUAAUGAUCGAGAAGAAGGUCGCCAAGCAGUGGGAAUUUCAGCCUGAUUUGCCCGCGGUACCAAGUCCCAACCACGACGCGGAGAAAUCGGUUGCAGGUGGACCACAGUCUGUCAGUCGAUUGGCUGGCGACGGAACCAACAAUGGUCGGCCGUCAAUGUUUGAAGGGACUACGGCAACAGACACCACCAUACAAGCUGGAGCAGAUGGACGUCCAGAUACUGAACGACCGCAGAGAACGCCAAGACCUAUUCUUGUACUACUAAAAUCUCCUCGCCUGGUCGCUGCUCUGUAUGCCAUUGUUGUUCAAGCUGGCGUCAUGAUGGGAUUUGAUGCUAUUCUGGCCCUUUUCGUCCAGUCAACAUUCGACUGGAACUCCACCGCGGCUGGGUUAAUGUUUAUAGCCAUCUUCCUGCCUGGUUUCAUUUCUCCCUUGGUAGGAUGGCUCGCCGAUCGUUAUGGUGCCAAAUGGCCUUCAUUCGCAGGUUUCGUAGCCACAGUCCCAAUAAUCAUCUGCCUCCGCUUCGUCAACGAGAACACAAUCGGACAGAAAGUGCUUCUUGCAGCUCUUCUAGCACUUGCAGGGACCGCGCUAUCUUUCUCCAAUACGCCGCUGAUGGCUGAGAUUACGUAUGUGAUUGUGCAGAAGUCUGAAGAAAAUCCGGGCAUUUUCGGCGAGAAGGGCGUCUACGGAAUGGGAUAUGGGCUGUUCACCAUGGCUUUCGCGCUGGGUGGUGUAAUCGGACCUCUUUGGGCUGGGUAUGUCAAUGACAGCGCGGGCUGGGGGACGACCAUGUGGUCGCUUGGCCUUUGGGCUGCAUCAGGGGCCGUCGUUGUCUUUAUCUGGUUGGGCGGUAAGCCGCAGAAA